GAGCGACGAGACACGAGAUAUCCUGGGACAGUUACAUACAAAAAGUUAUUGAGCUUUCCAACGUGGAACCAACGACGGCCGGAUGGUUGAACGGUUAAGAUAGCAGUUUACCGACCUGAGGCAUUCGCGAUCGGAUCCGGACGGGUCGAAAUAACAGAAUUUUUCAGAAGGUAGCUCAUCCGGCUAUGUCUGGUCCCUCUCUACCCAGCCGCCUUACUGUAGAAGAAAUUUAAAAUGUGAAUUAGAACUUCUUGCGGAUCAUACCUUUUCUUCCUAUAAGAAAAACGAUCGCUCAAGUAUCAUCGCUGCAAUGAUAUAUCAUGUGAAAUUAGCCGAUAAAAUAUUUCGUUUUACCGAUGUGGACAAUGAUUUAGUAGCAGAUGGCAUAGGAUUCCUUGUAAAUAAAAUCUCCAUUUUCGAAGAUAAAAAUCAACCGGGUUAUCCACUGAAAGAAAACAGCAGCAAUAGUGAUACCGUUUUUAGAUCGUUGACCUCGUACAAUCAACGGCAAUGUCUGUUAGUUGCUUUCGCUCACAGAGACUUCGAUGGUGGGGUGAUUGGGAAAGCUUUUGUGCCAUCUCCUAGAGGAGUUGGAGGAAUCUGUUCACGUUUACGUGGUCAAAGCGUCAAUAAUAAUCUUAUCACGAUACGUAACUCGGGUCAAGUUUUACCUGCGGUGAAAGUGACUCUAGCUACAACCCACGAAAUUGGGCACAGUUUUGGAAGCAAACAUGAUCCAGUAGAUGAUCCAAAUUGUUCUCCUGGAAUUUCCAUUGGCAAUUAUAUCAUGUAUCCAUCUGUGUCACAUGGUGAUAAAGGCAACAACUGGGUAUUUUCGUCGUGCAGCCGAAAAAUGAUGAAGGACGUUAUCAUCGCCAACGGUCGUUGUUUAAAAAAGCAAACAACUGCUGUCUGCGGAAAUUCGAUAACAGAAGACGGAGAAGAGUGCGACUGCGGCCAGCAAUGUAACACUUUAGAUAAAUGUUGCGUUCCACCGGGAUCCUACGAUGAGUGUACCAUUAAGAAAAGCCAAGGAGUCCAGUGUAGUCCUCGUGAAGGACAGUGCUGUACAGAUGAUUGUAAAAUUGUUUCGGCGGAAGCCCAAACUCUAUGUUUUAUCAAUCUUCCUUGCCGGAAAAGAAUUUCUAUGUGUGAUGGACUUUCGUCAUUUUGUCCAGAAACAUUUGUACCUGAUGGUACACCAUGUAUGGAAUCUAUUCGUACGUGCUUUUCUGGCAUUUGCAGAAGCGACGUUUGUAACGAUAACAACUUGCGAAGUUGCGAAUGUUCCGUUUUGAGCGGGAAAGAAUGCCAUGUUUGCUGUUUGGAUACUUCCAACACAUGCCAUUCCGUUCUAGAUUUAAACAUCAGAGUUUCAAAUGGAAGAUAUUUUAAGCUUCACGGAACGCCUUGCAAUUACAAUAGAGGAAAAUGCAGAAGCAAUGGAACGUGUUCGAGAGACGCACCCGAAGGAACGCGUUUUCCGCCCAGAUUGACACGGAGUCCAACAAGAUUUCAGACAAUUCGACCAAGGUUUACACCACGAAGACCAACUUUUCGACCAUGGUAUACACGUCCGAGAGCAACGCGGUCAUUUCCAACACAACCACCUCGGUUUCCUCCAAGACAGCCUCCUUCACCGAGAAUACCGCCAAAGUAUCCACCUUUUCCUCCACCAAGAAUACCGCCGCAAUACCCCCCUUUUCCUCCGAGAUCACCUCCCGAUUCGGGGCCUCGCAAAUUUGAGAGGGGACUUAAUUAUUCCACUAUAUACAAAUUUUGGCCAUUCUUCUUACCAUUGCCUAUACUCUUUGUAUUCAUAGUAGUAAUUUACAUAUGUUCUUGUAGACAGUGACUAUCUUAAAAACUAUUUACAUUAUCUAAAUUAAAACAUUUGUGCGUAUGUAAAUACGAAUUUAGUGUGUGUGUCUUAUGAAAUUCUCGUAAAAAGCAUCGUAG